CAAAUUCAAAAGGUUUUAAUUAUAUUUUGCUACAUAUAAAGGUAUUUUAAAGAUUCUGAAGUGUCAAAAGGUCAUUCGGUUUAACUGUCCAAAGGGCAGUACAGCCAUUUUAUUUGUGAUUAAAAUAGCUUAAAAUGUAAUAAAUGUAUAUAUUUUUAUUCUGCCAUGAUUUUAUAACAUCAUAUAUCAACAUAGUGCAAAAUGGUAUUAAAAUUAUGUGCAGAAGUCGUUGCUUUGUUAUAAGAAAGAAUGUCUGGAAAAAUGAAUUUCAUUGAUGUAAUUCAGAGUAACCAAUAUAAAGGGACCAUUUUGGACCAUAAGUCAUGUGGUCAGUAUCAAUGUGACAUCAUUCAGACACCUGCAAAGGACCACAUGGUCAUGAAGCAAAGUAACUCUUUUUUUAACUAUUUGAAAAAUUCACGCUUUCAUUGCGUUGCUCAUACGCAUGUCCCGAAACAUCAGGUCAUUCGGUACAACCGCUAUAAAACAUGGAAAAUGUAAUAUUUUAAAAACUUGUUCUAAAUAUAAAAUGUUUGAUUGUUCUUUUCCUAGCUAGAUAUCAGCCUGUUAGCAUUUUUUUUAUUUUUUUAAAUAUCGUCAUUUCAGUAUAACCAAAAGUGUCAUUCGGUAAAACCGAAAUUUUGGUCUUUUUUGGUGACAAAUUUUGUCCAUCUUGUAAAAAAUGACAAAAGCAGUGUUGAUUGAUUAUAAAAACCACACAAUCUCAUUGUUAACACUUAAUAAAACUUCAAAAUUAAUUAUAUCUCCAUUAUGUUUUUUUUUACACUUUUAAAAACCUUAUUCGUCAAUGACCCAUAUAUAUUACUUAUUUAAAAUAUAUAAUAUUAAUAGUAAAAUUAUUAAUACAAUUAAAUUAAUUUAUUAAUUAGGAAAGAACAAGUAUAAUAAUCAAAAAUGAUCAAAUUCCUUCAGUGGAAAUAUGGAAACUAAAUGCACAAAAUAUAAAAGAGAUCAACAUGCAGCACCACAUUGUACUCAUCACAUAAAAGCCAUCAAAUGACGUGAAGGGCUUUGGCAGGCAAAUUAUUUCGGUGAAAUAUGCCAUUGAUGAGCCAUCACCUGAAGAGACAAAUAAACAACUAAAAGAAAGCUGAAGUCACAGCAGAAUAAAGUUUGUCAUUUCGUGCCCAUAAACUGUUUGCCAAAAUGGUGUGAACGGCGAAAGCUUCUUUAGCCAGCUGUCAUAAUUUGUUAACGAGGCUUUUCAAAAAAAAGCAGAAUGAUAAUGAGAAGACAGAAAAAAGAGACAGGCAGUGAGAGAGGGUAGAGGGGGUGCCCUUCAUGAGUGACUGUGGAAGCGGAGAGUCUGUCCCCAGGGAGCCGGCUCGGGGGGGACAACAUCAGACCGAUUUCAGCGCAGCAACAUGAUGGCAUCUCUGAUGUUUUAAUAUUAAUGAGAACGAGCUCCUCGGCUCGGAGCUGCCAACACUCUCAACAGGUGCCUCGGCUCCUCUCCGCAUACAGGCCGACAACCUCUCUCCUGUCCCGCUGACGAUAACACCUCUAAGUCUCAGGAGGAGCUCUGGGCCUUAAAGAGAGGGAGGGCAGGCAGAAAGGGAAACGGAAUGAGUUAAGUCAUCCAUUUAAAAACUUAGACGAUGAGGGGAGAAAGGAGCUCUCUUUUAAAGUCACCUCUCACGAAGCCGAACCACGAGGUCUCGAUAUUUCUCCUCUUCUCCCAAACCCCCUUGAGAAAGAAAUUGACUUUUGUUUGGAGUUUGUGAAAAGUGGGAAUCAGGAGAAGGACAAUGGGGCUCCCCAUGGAGAGGACCCGAGUGAAGCCAUCUCAAAUCAGUCAGCCAAGGGACCAAUUAAUCCGGCCAUUGUCAGGCCCAAGCCACUGCCAGCACAUCAACACAUUCAGAGCCCAUUGUCCCGACCCUCCUGCAGUAGGAUUUAGUCCGUCCAACAGCCAGUUUUGUCCGGGCCAGCUCAGGCGGAAGUUUCUCACUGACAAUUUGCCCCAAAUAGAUUUGUCAGAAAGCGUCCAUCGACCUGCCAGUUAGACAGGGCGAGGUUGUGUUCGGCCUUUAUUACUACUAUUAUUAUUACUAUUAUUUUGGAAAUGUAGGCAGUGUAAUGGGAAAAUACUACAUACAUCUGUGUGGAGUAUGGAUAUGUGUUACGGUCUAAUCACAUAAGGUGUGGGAUGAAAUGAAUACUGCAAUGUCUUACACAUGGGACAUAAAAUAUAUACAAUUAAAUUAAAUUUAAUGUCAGGUCUAAUGAGUGCUUUCUUUAAUAUUAAAAUAUCUGUGUAAGUGAAUCCAUAAUGUUUUCAAAGGGUAAAACAUUGGGUUCAUUUUACUUAGUUACAGUAACUGAAAAAAUAAAAUACAAAAUGAUGAUUAUAAGUAUGUCAUACUUUGCUAUGGGAUAAAACAUGUUUAUAUACUCCCUUCAAAGAGCAAAUGGACUAGCCUUUACUAAUUUCUAUAAACAUUAAUAUACAAGAAGUUGCAAAGACAGUUAUGAAAUUGUUUCAUUACAUUCAACCUUAAACUCACUCAUUACACCUCUUUACGAAGCUUAAAAAUGUAUUCAUUUACUAGGAAAAAUAGGAAGCAUGAUAAUGAGAACAGACAAUGUGAUCUACGUGAGAUAUAAACCUCAAAACGCGUUUUUCUUAGGACCAUUUUAAUUAGUGAAUGACUUCAAUUUAUAGUUGCAUAAAAUUUGUCUUGAUGAAGCAAGAAUUAGAAAGAAAACAUUUGUUCUCAUUGCUGGUGUUUGUAUGCUUUAUAUCAGUCUAUUUCUGCUUAAAAUGUUCUUUUCUUUUAAAAAAUAAUUCAUUCAUUGUAGAAAAUCUAAAAAGUUCUCAUUCUCAUUCUUGUAGUAGUUUCUUUCUUUAUAUGUAAGUCAGGAUCAGAAGUGCUCUAAAAGUGGCCUAAAUAUUUUUUAGUCCUCACGCUAGCAGCAAUCUGUACAUUUCUUUUCUGGUUUGCUGCCUCAUUGAGAUAUACAUGCGUUUAUCUCAGAACAAAGUGCUAUCACAGAAAAGUCUUUUGCAACAACUCCAACAUGCUGUUACAGGAGUGGUUAAGGAUAAGAGAUGGUGUUGCUGUCCCUCUCCACUUUAAGGGCUAAGUAAGCAGUUGCAUACUGAUUCUGUCAAGCCAACAACUAGAUACACAAUCAGAUGGUUCUUUGUCAGAGAUUUUCAUUGACUGUUAUUGAGAGGAGAGUCACAAGCACAAAAAGUGAAAGCAAGCAGCCGGGGCAACCAUGAUGUUGGUUAUGUUUGUGUAAAGACUAUCUAUGAAUGACAGGAUUAGGGCGAGUUAAGCAGAUUACUACGAGCAGACCACCCCACCCCAAAGAGACACACACACACUUAUAAACACAUAGAUAGGGAAAGUGGGGAAAAAAAGAGAUGGAAAAAGAGAGAAAGUCAGAUUUGUUCACUGCACACUUUUUUAAAAUAAACAUGAUGCUCUUCACAUAUCAUAUCUAGAAGUCAUUAGACUCAGAAUUAUUUUGACCUCAAUCACUUGUGGACUUGUGGAGUUCAUGCUCACAGAGAUAUGCAGUAUAGUCUACUGUGACACUGUUUGUCUCAGUCUGGCACACAAGGUCCUGAAAAACGCACAUUUGAAUAUGCAGUCAUUCACCUGUCAAAAAUCCUAAUUUCUUUUCAGUGCACUGAGAACACCGUUUAAAGGAGGACAUGACAAUCACUAAUUGCGAUUAGAUACGCCCCCGUUCGCCACGUUUAGACCGAGAUUUAGGGCUCCCAUAUGGUCCCGAGCUACCGUGGGAAUGUUCAUAAUUAAACCUAAAAUAUGGGUGUCUGCUGGCGGCGACCACAACACGGCACGCUGUUAAGGUCAAUAUGUCAUCGCGCACGCUCUCAAAGGGGUACAGUUGUGAUUCUCCCAGUCCACGAGGGAAACUCGCACGAAUGUGUCCCCUCCAAAACAGAGAGCGCACUUGUUAACAGCGAUUUCCUUUUUUUGUUUCCUCUCAUAAGCAGAUUGACCGAGUCUGUGGAGAAAUGUAUUGAGAUUUUUUUUUUCAAAAAGCUUUUUAAAAUAGACUAUAGGUGAUAUAUAAAAUCCAUCAUAUCACGGUUUAUUUGUAGUUAAACUGACUCCAAUAAAUAGGCUAAUAAUAAUAGGCUAAAUAACUUUAAAAUUUACACGUGACAAACGAGACAGAGACGUUGCAUUCAAGUGGUUUGUUUACAUCACGAGCAGUGCAAAAGACCAAAUUAAUGAUGUUGAAUUCUGGGCAAAAACGUGUAAGUUCAAAAAUGUAUUUGUUAGGCUACACAAUUGUACACAAUUGUAUGUUAUACAAAGAAAGUAAAUGAUGCCAACUCCCAAGAAAAUGUUUCUAAACAUGUAGGCUUAGGUUAUCUGUUAAUAAGAAACGAUGAUGUGUAGGUACAUUUAGAUUGUUUUUUGUUUUUUUUUAAAGAAAAAUAGAAAAGAAAAAAGUACACUCGUAAAAAAUAGCGUACAGUGUUAAAUAUAUUUACCACAAUAUUUGAAUAUUUACCUCAAAACAGCAAAAUUGCUCACAUUUACCAUACAGUAUAGGCUACUAGUAAACAUAACAUAUGCUACAUGUUGAUUCAGAAUUAAAAUACAUACACUUACAAAACAAAAUCCACUAAUUUUCACGCCUGCCAAGAUGAGAGAGCGAUGUGAAACAGUGUGGUAUUUGAGCUCGAGAGAGAACAGAUCUUUGGUUGCUGUCGUUCUACCAACGCAACAGGUGGACGCGCGCGCGAUGGAAGAAUCCGGGAAAGCACGACAGAAAGUAAGUUCGCUGCAAAAAAAAAAAGGUGAUUAUGUUUCUGAGGAUUAUUUAAAUAGAAUGCUUUAAACUAUUUACUUCAGUCUGGGAGCACUCUCAGAGGACUGAACUCUCAGAGGAUGGAAAUGUGUUCUUAAUGAGUGGCAAACGUUUGAUUCGGUCGUUUAAACAACCUUGCUGAUCCUAAUCAAUUCCUACAGAGCGCACCAUUAGCCUCUAACAGUGUCUGAGUCGCUGUGUGUGGAAUAUCACUUCAUUCGUCCCCGUGACGUCAUGCGAGAGCAGGAGUUGAAGCAGAAGGCAGGGAAAAGCUAAGUGGUCAAAGGAAGUUGGGCUCUCCUCCCACCCUCCCUCUCUCCCGCCCUCCUACUCUAAUACAUCUCAUACAUAUUACCAAACCUUUAAUCUGACGGUACACAUCACAAAGUCACUCAACAAGACUCCGGGCUGAGACGCAUUUCCCAGCUCAUGUUGUACUUUUUAAGCUGGUGGUGUUGAGCAGUACAGCGCCGGCUUAUGCCCCAGUGUUUCACCAACUUUCCGUGGCGCUGAGAGACCAGGGACCGGCUUGGGCAUAUAUUGUAUGUGCGGCUGCAUCCAUCGCAUCAAUCAACAGUCAAGACGAAAUCUGGAUUCUAUUCGCUGAAAGACAAGAGGAGCGACUCGGACACAAUCAAAGAAAACUACAACAGAAAGCAGAGGACCAGUUGUCCACCGCAAAUCGGAUGUUUAAUUUAUGCUUAUAUUUUUUAAAUCCAAGUCAAAAGUGCUAAGUCUCCCCUGGGCCUGAAAAGUGUAACUUUUCAACGCAGUUUUCUUGGAGCAGAGGUCUUCAAUAUGAGCAAGCCUGCUGGUUCAACAAGUGGUUGUCUGGAUAUUUUAAACGUCAAAUCCAGUCGGAUUCUGGACAUUCCAUGUAAAGUGUGUGGAGACCGAAGUUCUGGAAAGCACUACGGUGUUUACGCGUGUGAUGGCUGCUCGGGAUUUUUCAAGAGGAGCAUAAGGAGAAACAGAACGUAUGUCUGCAAAUCUGGCACACAGGGCGGCUGUCCAGUAGACAAAACACACAGAAAUCAGUGUCGCGCCUGUCGCUUGAAAAAGUGUCUAGAAGUGAAUAUGAAUAAAGAUGCCGUGCAGCACGAGAGAGGACCGAGGACGUCAACCAUUCGAAAGCAGGUGGCACUGUAUUUCCGAGGCCAUAAAGAGGUGAACGGUUCGUCGACCCAUUUUCCAUCCACGUCUAUCCCGGGGCCGCCGUUUUUCACUACAGUCACACAGCUGGAGCCUCACAAUCUGGAGUUAAACACGGUCACAAGCACACCGGAACGACAGGCCAUUGUAGGACUCGCCCAACCCACACCGAAGUAUCCUCACGAAGUCAGUGGCACUCCCAUGUACCUGUAUGAAGUGGCGACAGAGUCUGUGUGCGAAUCCGCCGCGCGCCUGCUCUUUAUGAGCAUUAAAUGGGCCAAGAGUGUUCCGGCCUUCUCCACACUCCCUCUACCAGACCAGUUGAUCCUUUUAGAAGACGCCUGGAGGGAACUGUUCGUGCUGGGCAUAGCGCAGUGGGCCAUUCCCGUGGACUCCAGCACUCUCCUAGCUGUUUCAGGAAUGAACACCGAGAACACAGAUUCCCAGAGGCUAAACAAAAUCAUCUCAGAGAUCCAGGCGCUGCAGGAGGUAGUUACGCGUUUCAGACAGCUCAGACUGGACGCGACGGAGUUUGCGUGCCUCAAGUGCAUCGUCACCUUCAAAGCAGUUCCAACACACAGUGGUUCGGAACUGAGGAGCUUUCGUAACGCCAGUGCCAUUGCAGCUCUACAGGACGAAGCCCAGCUGACUCUAAACAGCUACAUCCACACCAGGUACCCCACUCAGCCGUGCCGCUUUGGGAAACUGCUGUUGCUCUUGCCUGCUCUACGUUCAGUUGGUCCAUCCACCAUUGAAGAGGUGUUCUUCAAAAAGACCAUCGGAAACGUGCCCAUCACACGACUGCUUUCAGACAUGUACAAAUCCAGUGAUAUAUGAGCUACCGAGAGACAGAGAAAAGAAACAAAAUGUAUCUUUGACCUUGGAAUUCGUAUGGACGCUGGGACGCUGUGGAUGAUACCAGAUGCCCUAAUGUGAUUCUUCACGCACUUGUUUGGAGAAUAAAGCUCUACCAAUGUCAGGAUGUUGUUACGCAGGGAAACUCUAAAACAAACAGACUGCAUCUCUAAAAGUUGAGCUCACUGCUUAGAAAGAAAAAUGAACGUUUAACCAGUAAUUUUCUAAUUGAUUUACUUUUAAUCUAUUUAAGGUUGUUUAUGGAAGUAACUUAACAAGCUUAAUCUGUUCUUGUUCUAUCAAGAUUUAAAUACAAAAUUAUCUUAGUUUGUAGUCAUAUUUGAAUGGAGUGUCCGUGAGGUUAUGUACAAUCAUUCAUUUCAAAAUGGGACGUUUUAUUGUGUCCACUUGACCAACUACCUUUAUGACCAAUGCUGUUUUGAUUUCAGCACCACUAUUAUUCGUUUGUCCACAAGAACUUUGAAGGAAACCAAAUAUACAAAAAAAGAAAAAAGAAAUCAUGAGGUAUGUUGCAGGGAAGUAGGUCGCUGUCCCUUUGACAUAGUGCUGAAAACCAAAGGCCCAUGAGUCAGAACUGAAGAGCGAGUUCAUUCCUGUCUUACCUUACAGCAGAAGCUCCAACUUUAAUCAAAAACACUUGAACCAGCUAAUCGGGUUUACUUGAAAUGUAUGCUUAAAGGUUGGAAUUAAACUUAGCAGGGAGGCAGCAGGACUGAGCAUUACUGACCUAAUGAAUCACAUAAUUACCUAUUGAGGUGACAGGGAGGCCACAGCACCCACACCUUGUGACCUUACCGUAAGACUGGGGUUCACAGGUAGGGCAUUUCAAAUCCUCUGGAUACAUUUCUGUUGGCAUUGUGAGUUUUCAUUUCCACUCUGCAAAUGUAAUUUUACUGAAUGAUUUUUUUUUUUUAUUGAAAGCUGUUUCUGCUCGAUACGUGGCCCAUGUCAGAGGUCACCGUUUAAAACCCUUGUUUGACUAGCUACUAACCAUGGAAAAGAGACACGAUCAGCACUUGGAUUUUUUUUUUUGUAGUGUGUAAAUACAUUUCUUGUUGUACAGUGAUAAUUUUUGUGAAAGUUGUUCUAAGAUAUUAGAAUAAAUAUUGAAUAUUGAUCUGCUUCUUCAACGACUGUCUAAUUUAUGGGGUUUUGGGUUUCUAAAGCCUCCUUCUACAAGCAGAAAAAGGCCCAUUGCACCCUAAUCGGGGAACUGAACGGGGACAGAGAGAGGUUCAUGUCUGCACGUAAGUGCAUAUUGAACCACUGCCGAUACAAUACCCUGGACCUUGAGUGAAGUUGCUGUGCCUCGCACGGCUCGGGGCUUCAAGCACUCUUUCACAAAUCAAGGGCUUUGCCCAAAUUGCAUUUUUUAUCUUCAUUUUUUUUUGAUAGAGAGGAUACAAUAGAAAGAAACAUGAUUGCGGUGACAACUUUCAAUCCAAUUUAUCCUAGUUCCUUUUUAAUGGUCUGCUCUGACGUGGAGUGAACUCCAAGGUUGCAUGAGCCAAGCGGCUGUGCCCUUCUCUUUACCUUAAUACAGCAUUGUUGCACAUAUUGACUCGAGACAACAUUUGCAUUCCAUCAAAAGUAAUUUAGGCACAAUCCAUCAUGCUAGAAACAGAAUAACAAACAAUUAAUACCCACAGGAUGAGACAAUGUUAGACUCACAAGCAAAAGGUUGAAUGUAGGCCUGUAAUUUGUACAGCAAUUACAAACAAUACAAAAACACACCUGUUUCCCAACAAUGUACACUCAGUUUUAUAUCCUACAUCUGUUAUAUAGUUACAUACACACAUAUAGUUCUAAAAAGUAGAAGUUAAGUGCAGUGUUUAACCCUUGUGUUCAGGUCAUUUUUGUUCUGUUUUUAGUAAACAUGCUACAAGUACCCACACAAAACAAAUGACCCUUAUUUGAAGAACCAGUUUUGGUUAUUAUGCAGCAUUAUAUUGCAGUUUGUAAAUUUCCACAUUGUGCCCAACAACGGCCUUUAGCUGUUGAAAAAUCACUUGGCUUAUAUAUAGUUAUAUAAUAUAUAAAAUAUAUAGUUAAUUUUUGGCCAAUAAUUCACAAGCCAAGCCCUGUCUGUCUUAAAGGGUUAGUUCACCCAAAAAUGCGACUAGAAUGCUUUUUGUGCACCAAAAAAACAAGAUAAUAACUUUAUUCAAUAAUAUCUAGUGAUGGCCGAUUUCAAAACACUGCUUCAUGAAGCUUUGAAGCUUUAGGAAUCUUUUGUUUCGAUUCAGUGGUCUGGAGCGUGUAUCAAACUGCCAAAGUCACGCCCCCAGUGGUGAACCAUUGAAAUUUUGAAACAUUUAUCACAUAACGAAGCCUCGUUUACUGAAAUCACAUGACUUUGGUGCUCCGAAUCCCUGAUUCGAAACAAAAGAUUCGUAAAGCUUCAUGAAGCAGUGUUUUGAAAUCGACCAUCACUAGAUACUGUCAUAAAGUCGUUAUUCUCGUCGCUUCAUAACAUUAAGGUUGAACCACUGUAGUCACAUGAACUGUUUUAAAUACGUCUUUAGUAGCUUUCUGGGCAUUGAAAGUGUUAACUGUCUUGCUGGCAAUGCAGGCCUUACUGAGCCUUCGGAUUUUAUCAAAAAUAUCUUAAUUUGUGUUCUGAAGAUGAACGAAGGUCUUACGGGUGUGGAACGACAUGAGGGUGAGUAAUUAAUGACUGAAUUUUCAUUUUUGGGUGAACUAACCCUUUAAAGGGAAAAAAGGUCCUUUUACUCUUAUCUUAGGGUCAUUCGUGGAGGAUUUGACCUUCACAACAUGUUGCCUGUGUUCUUUAAGAUAAAGAUUUCUUGUCUGUAUCUGAGCAUCCAAGACCCUACGACCUGCCAUUCUUUUCUCCAGUCUGAGUAACCAUUCCUGAAUAAACUAUCUUCUCCUUUUCCCAGCCACCUGCAUCAGUCUUUCUUAGAAGAUCAAAAAAAAUAUCUUUGACUAAAUCGAUUCUGAUUUAGAAGUAUUUGUUUAUCAGUAAGAUUGAAUUGCCUUGAAGUAGUUAUCAUGGUAGCAUGAAAUUAUAAUUCACUUGAAUAAAGCAUCUAGCAAAUAACAAAUGUGCGAUAACUAAAUUAAUCUAUGUAUCUUUUAAUACUGUUUUGUGUAUAAUACUCAAAAAAUCUCAAUGUGCUGUGUAAAUGAACAAUAACUGGCGUAAUUCAUUUCACAGUGUAAAGGCCAAAAUGAGAAAACACGGUCAUUUUAACAAUUCCUGCACACAAAAUACUGAUCAUUUUAUCACCUUGUCCUCCACAUAUCUGAGGAUGAUUUCCUCUGAAAUGCUCUUUAUCAGAAAAAAAAGGUCCAAUUCUCACAAUAACUAGUUGCUUAUUAGCAUGCAUAUUACUAGGAUAUUGGCUGUUUAUUAGUACUUAUAAAGCACAUAUUAAUGCCUUAUUCUGCAUGACCAUAUUCUACAUCACUUAAUCCUACCCAAUACCUAAACUUAACUACCUUACUAACUAUUAAUAAGCAGUAAUUAGGAGUUAUUGAGGCAAAAGUCAUAGUUAAUAGUGAGAAUUGGACCCUAAUCUAAAGUGUGACCAAAAAGCCUAUCCUAUAGAUGUUGCAAAUAGGAUUUUAUAUGAUUUAACUGGAUCUGAGACUUCAUUGAGUCUAACCGAACAACACUAAUCAAAAUAUACGCAGGUGACUCACUUUAUACAAACUCCAGACGUUCAAAAAGAAAAACCUUUUAAGGCAGAAUGAAUGUCUACAACCACUCUAAUGCUAGGAUCAUCUCUUAAAAUAUAUUUUAUCUGAACCAAACCGAGAGGCUUUCGUUUUUCAAACCACAUCAUAUGUGCGUGUGUUUGAUCCGUUUUAUUGGAAAAUUCUCAUAAACAAAACAAUGGCACAGCAGUAUACAAAUCUGGAAACAUGCAAUGUAGGCAGAACUCUGUGUGUUUCUGUGUAACACCAUUGCACAGUAAAAACAGGCUUGUUUGCAGCUAAGUAGGACACGCAGCACACAAUCAAGGAGGUUCCCAAUUAAGCGCAUCCCGCAUGGUAAGCUUGUGUACGUGUUCAUCAGCAUUAAAA